GCAAAAAAUUCAUUCGAAAAAUUAUCAUCGUGUCGCUUGGUUGUGAAAUCCGCUGUUGAAUAUUUAUUAAAACCUCUUAAAAGCUAGUGUUGUUCAAUUGUUUUCCAUUCAGAAAUAGACAAGAAAAUGUUUGAAGCACGCCUGAACAAUGCAACCACACUCAAGAAAAUCUUGGAUGCCAUCAAAGAUUUGCUUAAUGAAGGCACAUUCGACUGCAGCGAUUCCGGCAUACAGCUACAAGCAAUGGACAAUUCCCACGUCUCACUUGUAUCAUUGACGUUGCGUUCCGAUGGUUUUGAUAAGUUCCGUUGCGAUCGUAAUCUUUCAAUGGGUAUGAAUCUAGGCAGCAUGGCAAAGAUCUUGAAGUGUGCCAAUAAUGAUGAUACCGUAACAAUUAAAGCACAGGACAACGCUGAUACAGUAACAUUUAUGUUCGAAUCACAAAAUCAGGAGAAGGUGUCUGAUUAUGAAAUGAAACUAAUGAACUUGGAUCAAGAACAUUUGGGAAUACCGGAAACAGACUACUCGUGUGUGGUACGCAUGCCAGCAAUGGAAUUUGCACGCAUCUGUCGUGAUCUGGCGCAAUUUAGUGAAUCUGUGGUAAUUUGCUGUACUAAGGAAGGUGUUAAAUUUUCAGCAUCCGGUGAUGUUGGUUCAGCCAAUGUUAAAUUGGCUCAAACUUUCAACGUUGACAAAGAAGAAGAAGCAAUUGUGAUUGAAAUGCAAGAACCAGUUGUAUUAACAUUCGCUUGUCGUUACCUAAAUGCGUUUACAAAGGCGACGCCCUUGUCCAACCAAGUGCAGCUGUCUAUGUCGGCUGAUGUGCCACUAGUGGUUGAAUAUCGCAUUGCUGAAUUGGGUCAUAUACGCUACUAUUUGGCGCCGAAAAUUGAAGAUGAUGAGAAUUAGAUUGGUGGUGUUUGUAUCUUUCGGUUUGAUGUAUUGCGUACGAGCUCUUGAUAUAUCUCAUAUUUGUAUUUGAUAUAAGCAACAAUUAAAUAUUAACUAAUUUUAAGUAUAAAAGUAUAUCGAUACGUUAGUGUAUUGUUUACGUUCUAAAGCUAUCUUAAUAUAGGCAUUUAGUUUUGCACUCACAACAUAUAAUUACUAGAUACAUAUUUGCAAAAUAAAUUUGAUUUGAGUAUUGAGUACAAAAAGUA